CCCCUCCGCAUCCACCGGCAGCCCGGAAGCGCUCGGAUGCGGUCGGACCGGUUCCGUCUUCCACCUCAGCGCGGAGAGCGACGAGGGCGACUGGAUGCAUUUCCUCGUCUGUCCGGGGGGCUUCUAAUGUCUGGCGGCGCCACGUCGGGGAGGCAGCCCGAGCGAGCGAUUGCAGGAUGGGGUCCGAUGACUCGUACAAUUUUGUCUUCAAAGUGGUUUUGAUCGGGGAGUCCGGCGUGGGCAAGAGCAACCUGCUGACCCGCUUCACCAAGAACGAGUUCAACCACGACAGCCGCACCACCAUCGGCGUGGAGUUCAGCACGCGCACCGUCCAGCUGGACAACUCCACCAUCAAGAUGCAAGUGUGGGACACGGCCGGCCUGGAGCGCUACCGGGCCAUCACCUCGGCCUACUACCGCGGCGCCGUGGGCGCCCUGCUGGUCUACGACAUCAGCAAGCACCUGACGUACGAGAGCGCCGAGCGCUGGCUGAAGGAACUCUACGACCACGCCGACCCCCACAUCGUGGUCAUGCUGGUGGGCAACAAGAGCGACCUGCGGGACAUGCGCACCGUGCCCGCCGAGGAGGCCGGGGCCUUCGCCGAGAGCAAGGGCCUGAUGUUCAUGGAGACGUCGGCGUUGGACUCCACCAACGUGGAGGCGGCCUUCAUCGACGUCCUGACGGCGAUCCAUCGCAAGGUGGCCAGCAGAGAGGUGACGCGCGGGUCCAUCAGCGCCGUCACCCUGUCGGCGGCGGCGAGCCGGGUCGGCGCCGAGGCCCAGGAGGAGCCAAAGCGAUGCUGCAGUAGCUCGUAAAAGAGAGAGGGAGGAAAAAAAAAAAAAAAGGACCAUCUCGGUCUAUAGCCCGCGAGCGUUUUGUGUUGCAAAUCACCUUGCGGCAUUGAAAUGAAUGAAAAUGCUUUUGAUCCGUUCCCGUGUCCCAAAAACAGUACCGCAAAAUUUUGUAAUGUUUUUAGAUUUUUAAAAAAAUGGAGCUCCACAGUAUUCUACAUGAAACAUACGGUGAAAAGUGAAAAGAAUUCAAGUUUACAUAUUGUUAUUCAAUGGGCAUUGUGCUACUCCGCUGCUCCCUCAGGUGUGCGCGCUAUGGCCACCAGGGGGCAGUAUAUGCCUGUGAGUGUUUUAACAUCUGUCUGCUUCUUGUUAACAUAUAAAGUUGUUCAAAGGUUUACAAGUGGUGUGUUAGCAUGAAGCUAGCCAGCUAAAGGCAAAGUCGGGUAAAUUGUUAAAAACGCGUACGUUGUGUUAUCUGAAGUUUUAUAGUAAACAUCUAUUUACUCACAAUUCACGAUACAAAAUUUGUAGCAGUUCGUACCGUUAAAAUCGCUGAAGUUUGAGCAUUACCACGGAAAUGAAGUGACGACAUCAUUUUGGGUGCUCCAGGGCACGUUUUAAAUUAUUUUGGAUUCUGCUCUCAGCUUUCGUUGUAAAGUUGUCGAAAAAAAAAAAAAAAAAGCACUGACAAUAAUUUGAAAUAAAUUAAGUUCAAACAAAGAUUCUUUUCAUUUUUCUUUUUUUUUAAAAAUCAUUCUUCCCACAAGUCAAAAUGUAUAAUAAUAACAAUAAUA